AAUUCCUAACCAACAAAAUCUUGUAUGUCGUUAUGUUCAUAAAACUUUUUAAGAGUUAAAGCUAAACAUUAAUAGAAAAUAUAAGCUCCCACAAGAUUAAAUCAUGUCUUCGCCUGCACCUAAAUCACCAGAACAAAGUGAAAAAAGCAAGAAAUACGAUAGACAAUUAAGAUUGUGGGGUGACCAUGGACAAAAACUUUUAGAAAACGCAAAAGUAUGUCUCAUAAACGUUACGGCAUUGGGUACAGAAAUUUUAAAAAGUCUAGUUUUACCAGGAAUUGGUGCUUUUACUGUUGUCGAUGGUGAAAAAGUUAGUGAAGAAGAUAUUGGGUCUAAUUUCUUUUUAGAAAAUGAUAUGUUAGGAAUGUCCCGAGCCCAAGCUGCAACAAGAUCUUUAUUAGAAUUAAAUCAAGAUGUUCAUGGUGAUUACAUUGAUGAAUCCGCCGAAAAUGUUAUGGCUCACACGCAGGACUUUUUUAAUAAUUUUUCUGUGGUUAUUGCUACAGCAUUGCCAGAGAAAAUCCUUUUACCUUUAUCAAAACAAUUAUGGGAAGCUAACAUUCCAUUAAUUGUUGGCCGAAGUGUGGGAUUUUUAGCAUAUUUAAGACUUCAAAUUCGGGAACAUACAGUAAUUGAAGUCCAUCCUGAUAAUGAAAACCCAGAUUUACGCUUAGAAUAUCCUUGGCCUGCACUAAAAGAGCAUUUAGAUACAAUAGAUAUCAGCAAGUUGGACAGAAAAGAAAGAAGUCAUGUCCCGGCAUUGUGUAUUUUAUAUUAUUAUUUAGAAAAAUUUAAGUCUCUUCACAAUGGAGAACUUCCAACAACAAGGGCACAUAAAAAGGAAGUUAGGGAUAUGAUUCAAAAUAAUUAUUUAGUUAUUGAAGAAGGUCAAACAAAUCUAGAGGAAAAUUUUGAAGAAGCUAUGCAUUAUGUUAAUACUUGUAUUGGACAACCUAGGAUUCCAUCACAAGUUCAAUUGAUUUUAGAUGAUGAAAAAUGUACUAAUCUUACUCAAGAGAGUUCAUCAUUUUGGGUAAUGUGUGCUGCAUUAAGAGAACUAGUCCAAUCAGAAGGUAGUCUUCCAAUAAGAGGAAGUUUACCGGAUAUGGCUGCUGACACAAACAGUUAUGUAACAUUACAACAACUUUAUCAGAAACAAGCCCAAAUUCAAGCUGAAUCCGUGUUUAGAAGAGCGACGGAGAUUGCUAGAAAUUUAGGACAAUCACAAGAUGCCAUCACAGAACAAGAAGUAAAAUUAUUUUGUAAACAUGCCAGCGAAUUAUAUGUAGUUCGUGGAAGCUGUAUAGCAGACGAAUAUCAAUCAUCAUCAGUUGAUAUAUCAUCGUAUUUAGAAGAUCCAGACAAUUUAAUAAUUUAUUAUGUUAUUUUAAGGGGAUUAGAACGAUUUAUUUCGGAGUUUAACACUUAUCCGGGACAAUUUGAUGACCAAGUCGAACCGGAUGUAUUAAAAUUGAAGAGCAUCAUUGGAAAAUUAUUAGCCGAAUGGGGUUGUACUCCUAUUCUGAGAGACGAACGCAUUCAUGAAAUAUGUAGAUAUGGAGGAGCUGAAUUGCAUUCGGUUUCGGCGAUGAUCGCCGGAUGUGCAGCGCACGAAAUUAUUAAAUUAAUCACACAUCAAUAUAAACCUUUAAAUAACACGUAUAUUUAUGACUCAAUAACAUGUAAUUCAGCAACUUUUGUUCUCUAACUUGUUGUUUUUAUCGAUAUUGGUAUUUUUUUGUUAUAAUUUAAUCAUUGCAAAAUAUUUAUUUGUAUGAAAUGUAUUUUUUAAAUAUCGAAAUACAUUACAAAUACAUUA